AUGGUCGAUAAGGUGAGUUUACACAGGGACCGGAUUGGCAGAAACCCGACAAGAUCUUGUGUCUUCUGUAAUAAGAACCAAAUGUGGAAAUUAUCCAACCUUGAAACAACGAAUAGAGCGUUUGGGUGGAAUCAACAUGUGUCUGAAAUGCAUGAAAUUGAGCCGUAUUGCAAGCAGCUGUGGGAUGAAAAUGAUACGGAUUUAGCAGGUGGACUAAAUCUCCAAGCAACUACAGAGGAGGAAGUAUCGCUUUAUUCGGCGACAAAUUACCGAAAAAGUACUAUACAGCAAAAACGAAAAUGGCACAAAGAUACUAGGGAAAGAAAUCAUUUGCUAAGUACACCUCAUGGAUUCCUAGCGAAUAAUAUUCGAUUGGUGGAGAUAAAUGAAGGGGAUACAUCAUUUGUGAUGAAAUGUGAUCAAUUAGAUGGCUUAAAAGUUAAAACCCGACUACUUAUUGCUUAUAUGGGCAAAUUCAUCGAAUGGAGGAAAACACAAGAGUUGAAGUCAGAAUUUUCCCUGUUCCAGAUAAGAGUUGACCAAUAUUAA